GAUCCCCAAAAACUUGGCGAUUUCAAAGCUCUCACCUCAUGGCCAUCUAACCCAUGGCAGUUCCAAGGCACCAAUACUAUCAUCGUCGCAGCGUUCACAAUGGCAACCGCACUUUUACUACUCUCUCUCUGUGGAGGAGUUUCAGCCGCCACUCCAGUCUUGACCGUUCAUAGUUCGGACGGAGAUGUUAUUGACUGUGUUAAGAAAAUGGAUCAACCAUCCCUAACGAACCCCCUCCUGAAAAAUCACUCCUUCCAGGAUUACCCCAGCGGCAUGAUGAAAGCAGAAGAAGAAGGAGGGUUUGGCUGGCAAGUGUGGCACCGCAAUGGAACAGCGUGCCCUCAUGGGAGCUUUCCUAUACGACGCGUUGAAGCUGAGGCUGAACUUUCAGAGGGGAAAUACGGUCCCCUGAUUUCUGACGCCGCAGACCGAGCCACCAAGGGGCAUCAGUAUGCUGUAGGGUACGUGAAAGAUCUACCCAUCUAUGGAGCGAAAGCCACACUAAACGUCUGGAACCCAGUCGUUGAGUCAGGGGACGACUUCAGUUUGGCGCAGAUCUGGGUCACGUCCGGAAGUUACGAAAACCAAGACCUCAACACGCUCGAGACGGGUUGGCAGGUUUACCCGAACAAAUAUGGCGAUCACCAACCUAGACUGUUCACAUAUUGGACCAGCGAUGCCUAUCUUAGCAGCGGGUGUUACAACCACUAUGGUAGAGGGUUUGUACAUGUCAACAGACAUGUCGCCCUAGGAGGAGCAAUCGCCGGGACUUCGACUAUUGGGGGAGACCAAUUCGAUAUAACCUUGCAGAUUUGGAAGGAUCCACUUUCAGGCCAUUGGUGGUUGGGUAUGGGCCUGAAUGUUGUUCCGAUCGGUUACUGGCCCGUCGAGCUAUUCACUACACUCUCUGAUCAUGCCUCCGAAGUACAGUGGGGUGGGGAAGUUGUUAACCUGAACAUCUCUGGAAUGAGCAAUACAACCCAAAUGGGUUCCGGGGAAUUUCCAGGCAAGGGAUUCAGGAAAGCAGCAUAUUUCUGCAACCUGCAGAUUGCUGAGAAGAACCGGUCCUUUCUGCCGCCUCAAGACUUUCACAUAGGAGCUACUCAGCCUGACUCAUACAGUGUUGCGAAGACACAUAGUAGAGACUGCGGAGAUCAUUUCUACUACGGAGGGCCAGGGCCACUACGAUCAUCGUCCUAUCAGAGUGAUCCUUUAGCUUUUGUGUUUUUGUUUUUAGCAGUUUAUUUUGUUGUUUAGUUAUCGCCUGUAGCGCAAG